UGUAGGUCAGGUCACAUGCCGGAUGCCGGUGGUUCAGGAGGUCAGAGUUCCAGUAUGGAUGGUACAGUGGAACGGCAGUAGGGUUCUUGUCCUGAAUACAGGACGUGUUUGAAGAUGCGGGUCGGAGCGUGGCUUUUCUUGGUGUCCUGGAUCUACACCUGUGCAGAGUACUCUCACAGGUACAUGUGCCAGGACCUGUGUCGAUCAGAGUCGGGACAGGACAGGAGGUCAAAGAGCCGGGUCAGGGAGCACGCUGGUCACGGUGCGGGACACCAGCACCCGCCUCAGAGGAGCAGGCCACAACGCAGGAAAGGUUCCAGAGUUCAUUCGCAGGAGUCGCCACCCCGCAUUGUGCACCACCCCUCGGACGUGGUGGUGAAGGUGGGCCAUCCUGCCACGCUGUCCUGCAGGGUGGAUGGAAGCCCCAAACCGUCCAUCCAGUGGCUGAAGAACGGCCAGCCUCUGGAUCUGUCUCAGGGGGAGGGACAGCUGCAGCCCAUCGUGCUGUCAGAGGGAAGCCUCUUCUUCCUCAGAGUGGGAGGGGGGGGGCGGCGGGGUCAGUCGCAUGAGGGCAUCUACACCUGUGUGGCCAGGAGCAGCGCAGGGGAGGCCCUCAGCCGCAACGCAUCGCUUUACAUCGCAGGGUUGCAGGACGAGUUCAGUGUGCAGCCCAGUGAUGUGGAGGUGGCAGAGGGGGAGGUGGCUGUGUUGAACUGCGGUCCCCCGGUGGGACACCCUGAACCUAAUGUGAUGUGGAGGAAGGACGGCCUGCCCAUCAGCAGCACGGAUCACCACUAUACUGAGCUGAGUGGGAGGCUGAUCAUCGCCCCUGCAGGGAGGAACCACUCUGGAGCGUAUGUGUGUGUGGCCCGCAACACGGUGGGGGUGAGGGAGAGCAGGGCGGCCCGGCUCUCUGUGCUGGCCAAGCCUGUGUUGGUGCUGAAGCCAGGAAACAUGUCAGUGAGGAUGGGCCAGUCUGCACAGUUCUACUGCCGAGCUAAAGGGGACCCCCCCCCUUCUGUGGCCUGGAGCAGAGAGCAGGGACCACUGCCCAACGGACGGUAUCUUGUAAAUCCAGACCAGACUCUGCAGAUCCACUAUGUGACAGCUGAGGAUGCUGGGAAGUACACCUGCACUGCUGUCAAUGAUGUGGGGGUGGUCAGUGCCAGCGCACAGCUUCUAGUUGAAGAUGCGAGCAGCAGUACACAGAGAGACCUGCAUAAAGAGCUGUCGGCCCUGCGAGUGGCCCUGGAGAAUGUCACCAUCCUGGCCCCUGGGUCAAACAUAUCACGAGUGCAGUGGAAGUUAGUUUCUGAUGCAUGUUGUGUUUUUCUGACCAGCUGCAGUCCCCCGCCCGCCCAGCCUCAUUACCUGGGUGGCUUUGAGGUUCUGUACCGCUCUCUGCUGCCUGCCAGCUCCGACUGGGCGGCAAAAAAAGUCACCGUGCCCAGCUUCCAGGCUCAGGUGGGGCCCUUAAAGAGAGGCUACAAGUACGAGUUCAAAGUGCGUCCCUACGGCAGCAACUUGUACGGGAGGGAGAGCAACACACAGCACCUCAGAGUCCCUGAGUCAGUGCCCGGGGCCUCUCCAGUGUCUGUGUCCAUAACAGUGAGCCACGAGCAGAACAACACUAUCCAUGUGAGCUGGGAGCCCCCUCCUCAUGAAACACACAACGGGAUCAUCCAGGGUUACCAGGUGUGGUGUGUGGAGUCUGAGGAGCAGCAGAACCAGAACUGGACCGUGGACAGUGGUCACCACACCCUCGAAAUCUCUGCUCUCAAACCAGGGAGACGAUAUUGGAUCACCAUAGCAGCGGUCAACGGAGCCGGAGUAGGAAUGCUGAGCGACCCUCAUGGGUUUGUCAUCAACCCACAGAUAGGGGCCCCCUCCGGGUCAGACAGCGACAGAGGGGAGCUGUCCCAGGUCCUGGCCCUGCUUCAGGACCCGGUGUUGAUCGGAAGCGUUGGCGCCCUCCUGUGGGUCGUUCUGAUGGUCGCAGCUGUGUACCUCUUCAAACGCCACAGCAAGACAGGGCAGCUGAUCCCAGGACACGGCCGGUUUAAAGGUUUACACAGGCUAGCUGGUGAAGAUCUCAUCAUAAAACACAGGAUGGCAGCUCCAGACUCCCCCUGGGUCUCUGGGGGCUGGAGACCUGCCUUCAGCCAGAAGUACCAGGACCUGUGGGCCCAGGGUCAGAAACAUCCCGGCAUUAGGGGAGCCAGCCUCCCAGUGUCCUGGAAGGACCCCAGCUGCAUGGACUCAGCCGUCCCCAUCGUGACAGACAGCUGUGGGGUUUACGGCACUUUCUACGUGGAUCUGAUGGGAAACGGUCUGAAGACCUUUAACAGUCCUGGGUGCCGUCCCAAAGUCCCUCACGGUGUCCCCCAUCAGCAGGGAGAGACCAUCCAGAUCUUCUCUCAGCCCGUCUCAAAGAGUGCGUCCCUCGGGAGCCGGGAGGCGCUGUCAUGGAAACAGGCUAUACGUCCCCAGCCCAAGAUGGGCGUGCUGAGGGAAAAGACCCACAGCAAGCAAGAGCUGCAUGCAGUGAACAGCGUCCCCAUAGUGCCAACUAGGAACCAGGCCUGUCCGUCCAGCGUGUACAGACAGAGACUCAGCCACAUCCCGUCAGCCCGGCACGGUGGGCAUCCAGAGUGGGACAGAGCUGCUGGCUGUCCUCGACUGCUGCAUUACUCUGCAUCAUUACAUCUGCUGGACAUGCUGCCACCCCCACCACCAAUGCCCAUAGAGGACGGCAUGGACUCACACAGCCUCAGCUCAGAUGAAGGCUCCAGUCGUUCUACGAAGCUGACAAUGGACAUGGGCUCUCUCCAGUCGGUGUGUGAUGCGUCAUGCCGCUGUGGGCAGCCCCCCCCCUCCAACAGCAGCUGCCCCUCCUACAGCCACCUGUCUACUGCGUCCUACUCCAGGUCCAUGGAUGAGGAACAGGGGGGCACCCUGACAUCAGCGGAGGCGACGCUGUAUCUGGAGCUUUGCCCCAAACCUGAGAGGAGCAGUGCUCUACCUCAGCAGCGUCCCUCCCUGUCAAACCCCUUCUCCCCCACCCUUGGCUACAUCUGCGAGCGUGUCCGCGCCCCUGAGAUGGAGGACGACCCCCCCACCCAUGAGCCUGAGGUCCCACCGAUCGGCCUGCGACGCCCCCGCCUGCAGAGCACCCCCUCCUCCUGCUACAGCGAGUGGGACAGCUCCCUUUGGAACACCUGGAGCUCGGUGACGGACAGCAGCAUGGCGAGCGCCCGCAGCAGCCUCAUCAGCUCGGUGGACAGCUGCUACACCGGCGACAGCGCCACCUUCGCCCGCCUGCUGGCCGCCGCCGCCGCCGAGAGCAUGAGCGGAGCCUCUCUGUCAGACUUCUCCCCGCCGGCCUCCCCUCUCAGCGCCUUAUACCCGUCGUACUGUGAGGGCGACUCGUUGGCCGAGCUGGAGCCGGUCCCUGCGUGGGAGUGGAACAUGGCCUGGGUGGAGGAGAUGGAUGCUCAGUACAGAGCUCAGUAUCCUGGCAGAGGCUUCAGACCCUUUGACACUUAGGCGUCAGAGAGGAAGAUAGAACAUUUUGAGAACUUCACAACACCUCACAGCAAAGCUAGAACAGUAAGACCAGAAGAAGGGACGGAUGCUCCUGAUCUAUUUAUCUGAGAGAGCUGGAAUUUAAAGGUUCAAAACUUCAGGGUGUACACUGACAAACUGAAAUGUUGACUAUAAUUAAAUGUAUUAUGUCAACAGAUUUCAUUUUAGGUCAGUUGAAAGCAAUACUAUUAAGUUGAACCUAAUACUUUUCAUUUAAACUUAAUAUUAUUGCUUUCAAAUAACUUAAAAUGAAAUCUGUUGGCAUAAUACAUUUAAUUGUAGUCAACAUUUCAGCUUUUCACUGUGGCGUUCUCCCUGUCAAUAAUACACAAAUGUCUGGAUUUGAAAUAUAAUUGGAGCAAACUCUUUGGUGAGAUAUUUCUGUUUGUCUGUAAGAGUUUUUUCUCAGGGCGGUCCGGCUACUGUUUGCAUCCUUCAAAUGACUUCCAUUGAGGCUCUUAAGUUUUCUUUCCUUUCUGCUCAUUAGAGGAAGGGAUAAUGAGAUGCUUCCCUCGGGGUCUUCUCACCCAGAGUGUUUGAAAAGGCCAGAGAGACGCAGAGACAGGAGGGAGAUGGGAGAAAGCAGUCAUUAGCAGCUGAACACUUCUUCUCAGAUCGUUUGUUUCUUAUUUUCUGGAAGAUUCUAUCUGGGCUGGAGUCCUACCAAAUGAUCUACUGUAGAUUCAACAAAUGUGGUUCAAAGAACUUCAUCACAUUCCAAAUCCUGUUCUCUCUCACACUUUAUUACAUUCUGGGAAUUGUUUUAUAUUUGAAGAUUGUUUUUUACUUUAUACUCGCUGUCCUCUUUUUAUUUUACACAAAGUUUGUAUCAUGAUGUAGUUCAGGAUAGCACUAGUUAUUUAAAAAAAUGAGUUAAUAAAAAUAAUUGAACUAACUGGAGGUGUUGUUUUAAGUGUAGGAAGCAUUCGACAGUAUGCUUGAUGAUGUUGUAUAAAGACAUGGACUUGUGGCCGUAGAUUUAUCUGAAGACUUUUUAUGUUGUUCACGUAACAAAUGUGUUGUAUUAUUUUUGAAAAACAUGUUAGUUGUUUGAUAUCAAGUUUUAUAUUUUGAAAAAAAUAAGCUAUGUUACAUUUAAUGUUGAGUGAAGCUGAAAGCUGUGACAUUGAUACGGUCUGUUAUUAUGUUAUUGAUAUUAAAACCCCCCUGUAUACAUCAAA